CAUCCCUCUUUUUGCUUCCUCCAUCGCAUCGUUGCGUCUCGAGUUCGCCUCACGGUUGUCCUCAUCUCUGUGAGAUUGUUCUGUUGUCUCGCGUCUAUACCCGCCCUCAACAGGUUAUGGGCCCCGGCCGCCUUUAGCGCCUUCGACCUGUCGUUGCAAUCUUCACUCUUUCCUUCAUCGCUUUCCUCCCUCUGUGUCGGCGUCUGCGAACAGUUGUCCAUUCCCCAUCAUGCCUAUCAACAUCACCCACAUCACCUUCAUCCAACAUUGUCCAAAGCUUACUAAAGACAAUUUCGCUGCUCAAGAAAAGUACUGGAAGAAAUUCUUCAUUGCCAUCAAUGCGCGUUACGUCGUUGAGCUUGCCGAUGAAGUUCCCCCCGAGAAGAAGGCGAUCGAUGACGAACUUGCCUUCAUCAUUCAGAACUUUGUCCACCCUGAUUUCCAGCAUCUUAUCGAAGAUGAUUUAUCGGGUCUUGCUUCGUGGAAGAAGAUCCGCGAGUCCUUCGUUUCCAGCACUUUUCAGGCGAAGAUUCAAGCUUACAAGGCUUUCAUAUCCAUUACCCACGACGAUGAAUCCCCCUCCUCUGCUUACAUACACCAUAUUGAUUCCGCUGCGAAGCGUCUCAAGGACUUGAACGUUCCCCAGUCUGACGACACUGUUAUGUGUCUUCUCGCUGCCAACUUCCGCCACCUCGAAACCCGUGCUAAACUCUAUGGUUUAUCUGCCCCCACACUUGAUUCAGUCAAGCAGCUACUCCUUGCUAGUGCUGAUCUCUCCGAGGAGGUUGAUGGUGAAGAAGUUCGAGUCAAGAAAGAGGAGGGUGCCGCUGUUGCCCGUUCUGGAUAUCAAUCCCGAAGUGGUAACCAAUUCGGUGGGAGUUCUGGAGGAGCUUCUCGCCCCCCAAGCGGUCAACGUUUCCGUUGGUGCUCUGCCGUUGCGAACGAUCAGUGCCGGCGUUGCGGACUGAAUGGUCACAUUGCAGAGCGUUGUAUCUACGACAUGCCUCAGGAGGUCAAGGACUGGGUCAUGCAGGGUGCUCCUCGCCAGAAUAGGCUUCCUGACCUUGACGGUCCACAGGCUAAUCUUGCUCAUGGGAGUGAGAUUGCAGCCGCCAUCUUGGCUGGUGAUCUGGAUGCUCGAGCCCCGGAUUGGGAUGCGUCUUAUGUCUACCACAAGUGCAGAGUCACUGGGACGAUCAACAUGAUUGAAGAACAUUUGGUCACCAACAGUGGCAGAGCUGACAUUGUAGGUCGCCCAUUGGAUCCGAUAGACCCCAAACCGUCAAGCCUGCCACCUCUCCACACAUGAUUGAUUGUGAUUGGGUGUUACUUUCAGGUUGAUGUCGAAUUGAGGUUUUUGGUGGGAGCUAUGCUCCGUUUUCUUGUGUUUUCUUGUUCAGUGGGAGACCUUUCUUUCUUUCUCGGUCCUCACCAGGUGGGAGUGUUGGAAUCUGUGGUUUCGCCCCGAUGCCGGGACCGGCGUAGGUACUGUGUCAUGUUCGUAGGUACUGCGUAUGUAAUCAAUCCAUCCCUCUUUUUGCUUCCUCC